GACUGAAUUCAGACGCGAAUAUCAAACGCAGACCACAAGACCAGCAUCACAAGCACAGACACAGCACUCCCACACGCUCAGACAGAGCACUGGCGAUGAGGAGGGAGGAGGAAGAUAGCGAGGGCAAGUACCGCAAGGGAGGGCGACGGCGGUACGCGUACGAAACACUGGGAGAUGACGAUGGCGCGGCAUCACCGUCCUUCCUACGUGGAUGGGUCAAGUUUGCCGUCUUCAUCCCCGUGGUCAUCUUCGUGUUCAUCGCCCUCAACUAUGCAGGCAUGCACACGACCAUGAAUCGCCCCCACAUGCAAACGGUCGCCCACCUCCACCCAACCACAAACGCGUCCAACCGCAUCGCCAGCACGCUCCCUCCGCUGCCAGAGGAGAUGCAGAAGGGUAAAGGCAAGGACAAUAACGCACAGCAACAGCAGCAACAGCAGGAGGGCGAUAAUGGGGGUGGCGACGGUGAUAACGCCAGCACCCCUGCCGACGACGACGACGACCCGGCCCAGUUUGAGGAUGCUGAUGGCCAUCCGACCGUCCUGUCUUGCAGCAGCUACAUCAAAACGGACAAGUGCCGCAUCCCGCUGGAGUACUUUGAGCCAGCGCUGCCGCAAAACCGUGUCACGCCCAUACCGACGAAGAAGCUCCAGUCGGGCUUGGACCAGGGCGUUGUGGACAUCCUCAACUUCAAGUUCAAGUGCCAGUCCAUGCACGAGUCCUCGCACAGCACCCACAUGCUCAUCAUGCACACGUUUGAGCGCAUGUGCCUGCGCUUUGCAUCCCUUUGCUCCGCCAAUGACGCGUCACAGGAGGAGAAAACCUCGUCCCAGAGGCCCAAGGGCAAGCGGAGCAAAAAGCCGGCAAAGAAGCCCACCGCUACGAAAAGCAAGGCCAGUGCAGCAAAGGCCCCCGCAAGCAUGACCAACAACAACAACAACGACAACAACAACAACAACAACCAUGCGAGUGGGCGCGCGCGGCGUGAUAUCGGCGACGAUAUUCUCGGCACGGGUCCAAGCGCUCUUGGCGGCAACACCAAGCAAGCCAAGAAGACCAUGAAGGUGCAUGGUGUGGCGUCGAAGAAGCAGGAUAUGGAAACGCUUGUAUCGACGUCCUUCUUCACGCUGCGACAGAUGGAGGUGGUCGUGCGCGACCCGGAUGUUGAGCUCGACGUCGGCGUGAACGAGGGGUAUGCACUCGUGGUGCCGGCUGCAAGCGACACGCCCAUCACCAUCUUCAGCGAGACGGUGUGGGGCAUGAUCCACGGCAUGGAGACGUUCUUUCAGCUGAUUGGUCGCCGCCGCGUUGAUGGCGCUCCCGCCAUUUCCGGUCUCCCCGUCCUCAUCGAGGACGAGCCGCAGCAGCCCUGGCGCGGACUGCUCCUCGAUACGUCGCGGCAUUUUUAUCCGCUGCCCGUCAUUAUCCGGCUCAUUGAGGGCAUGGCCAUGAACAAGCUCAACGUUCUGCACUGGCAUAUGACCGAUGACCAGUCAUUCCCCAUUGUGAGCCAGAAAUAUCCUCAACUCGCACAAAAGGGCGCGUUUCCCGCCGCCAAAACGCACUCGUACACCGCGGCAAUGAUGGGAUACAUUGCCGAGUAUGCGCACAACCGCAGCGUGGUGGUUGUCCCUGAGCUUGAUGUCCCUGGCCACGCCGCCAGCUGGGGCCUUGGCAUCCCAGACCUCCUCUCGUGUGACGGCGGGAAGAGCCCGCUCAACCCAACGUCUCCAAAGUCAUUUGAGGUAAUUCGUGAUCUCAUUGCAGAGCUCGCGCCCAUAUUCCCGCACCCGUACUUUCACGUCGGCGGUGACGAGUUUGACCUCAACUGCUGGAAAAGGAACCCAGACAUUGCUGCUGCCAUGAAAGCCCAGAGCGACCCUCGAGGAGAGGCUAUGAGACAACAGCUUGUUGAUGCCGCAUUUGAUGCACUCAAGGAACACGGCAAGACGCCAAUCGUGUGGAAGGAUCUCGUGGAAGGCCAUCCCACCAAGAUCCCCGACAACGCCAUCAUUCAGCACUGGAAAUGCUGGGGCACAGAGGUGUGCACGUUGCACGAUACGCUUCAGAAGAGCGACCACGCUUCAGUGCAGUCAACGUGCGCGUAUCUCGACUUUGAUCGCGAAUGGCCAAAGUUCCAUCAGCAGACGAUGCUGUUCCCCGACAAGUGCGGCAGCGUCGACCAAGACGUUGCCCGGGCAGUAGUGAGAGGCGGUGAGGCGGCCAUCUGGUCCGAGCGCAUCAGCCCACGCAACGUGUUCUGCCGCACAUUCCCACGCGCUGUUGCAUACGCCGAGCGCCUUUGGUCCUUUGACGUCAACACCGUUCCCUCGCAAAACCAGACAGACACGUUUUUCCCACGCAUGACCAACCUGCACAAACCUGGCCUUGCUCACGCCGCGGAAGCGAUAAACAUGGAGCGUCUCAAUCAGGCGCAUGCAGAUGAGCGAUUCAUGCGUGUCGCUUGGAAGAUGCCUCACAAGCUCGAGUAG